AUGGCGAGACACGUGAGGUGUCUUCUCUGUCACGCCUGCCGGUCUCCCACUCCAUGGACAACUGGUUCCAAGGUUGGUUACAACGUCUUCGUUUGCGACAUGUGCGUCAAUGGCGGUGAUCGAGCCCAAAAUGACGACCACAAAGACGAAGAAGAUGCAGAUUCUAAUGAUGAUGAUGCCCAUAAUCAGGUGGUGCCAUGGUGCUCAAUAUCCAAUACACUUUCGUCGGCUUCCACUUCUUCUGGUGGUGAGCGAGAGAUUGUAUUAUCUAUUUUCUUGAAAUUGAGGGCUAAGAUUUCUUGCGGAUAUGUUAGCAGCAAGGCGAAGUGGAGGGUUUAUCAAGUAAAAAGAGGUAAGACCAAACCGGCUUCAGUCGAAUUAGAGAAGCGCGGUGAAGACGGAGUCAGAACAAACAAAGGCAGAUAA